CCUCAGAUGUUUGACUUUAAUGACAGUUAUAGGGUUAAUUAUAAAACCUGGAGGCGGGUCUCUCUCCUGGAGAAUCAGGGAAUGUGUUUACAAGGAAGCGAAUCCCCUCUAGAGCAGCAGAAAGUUUGUGCCUGACAACAGGCAGUGGAAGCCAUCAGAAUGAAGCUCUUAAUACUAGCGGGCCUCCUUGCAGGCUGCCUGGCUCAGAAGCCUACACCAUGCAAAAGUCCUCCUUUUCUUACCGGGUCCCUCACUAUAUCCACACAGAACGAAAAUCUCUUUGCCUAUGCCAAGUACGAGUAUGAUUCAAUAGGACAACGGAUCCGGCUCAGGGAGCUGGGGACUUAUGAGAAUAAGACCUUCAGCUAUGAUGUUCUUCUGCUCUACAGAGAGGCUAGCAUGUAUGAGAUUCACCGGCACAACCGUUCAUGCACCAAACGGCCUCUGAAGGGAGAUUUCCACCCCAUGGUCAUCCCAAAAGAUGCUUCACUGUUGGGCCAAGUUAUUCUGGGCAGCUCUUCCGGACCUGGACAAGGACUCCUGGUCAACACUUGGACGGGAGAUCUCCCCAACAAAGCAGGGAAGUUCCUGAGAACAGUCACUGAAUUCGGUUGCGUUCCUGUCUCUUCUUUGUUCCGCACCAAAAACUUUGGAUGGAUGGCUUUAAGCUACUUCAAUAAUGUUAUCGGGAUUGUGGACCCCGCUCAGCUUGACCCUCCAUCCUACUGCCAGGAUGCGGAGGUGAAGGCUGGUGAUGAGGAGCCAGUGGACUUCACCAGCUUGUUCCAAAAGCUUUGAGGACCUCCUUUAACCCAGGAUUUUCAAAUAAAACAAAUGGAUCAUUGCUUUUCAUAUCCCAUUUACUAGUUAAAAUGCCAUCCACGGCAGAUUUUUGCAAAAUGUUAAAGGUUUUCCUUUUCCUUUUUUCAAUUUUCGGUCUUUAACUUACGGCUGGAAUUAUGAAUGUUUAUGAAUUAAAAACUCCCUCUCACUUAAUGCUGUGAUUUUAUCAAUAAAGAUAUCAGUAUAAAAAGAAA